AAUUAUGAUAAUGUAAUGUCAUAUAAAGUCAUACGGCGCAUGCUCUAUAAGGAACGCUGACGCAUUGUCAUCGCCUUUGCGUUUUCUUGUGGAAAAGGCGAAACGAUUCGAAUACGCUAAACGUAGUUUGGACCAUUAAUUAUUCGUUUUCAAAAUAUCCACUGAGUGACUUGUUAACGAGUCCUUAAUCUGUUAUAAUAUUUAAGUUCAAUAGCGAAGCAUGCCUCAGUUUUCAAUGUCUUUAUAUUUAUCAGUUUGCUUACUUAAAUGUUUCAGUUACUAUUCAGAGUAGCUCGGGAAAACAGCCCACGUUUCGCGAUGCCACCAGGGUUUUCCCGCAAAAUGAUGUCUGAGGAACGAGCGGAGAAAUUCCAUACUGAUGACUUGUGACUACCCAGAUCAAGGUAGUGGUUGUGAUUGGCUGAAGCAAAUUUUCAACCAAUCAAAAUUAAAAGCUCCACCCAGAUCUGAGUAGUGAGGCGUCAUCAGUAUGGAAUUUCUGCGUUCGUUCCUCAGACUCAUUUCGCAGAGAAACCAGCGUGGUGGCGUCCCGAAAUGUCGGCUGUUUUUCAGGCUAUUCCUAUUUAGUUAUUUAUCUAUUGUAUUUUUCAUUUGUCAGGAGACCAGUGCAAUCACCAACAGGAGUUAAAACUGGUAGGUUGCCGUUCUACAGUGGAACCUCGAAAUAACCCAAGGGACUGGCAAAAUUUGUUUACUAUAACGAGGUUUCGUUAUAUCGACGUUCUUUUUCAUAUCUUUUACUAUUACUGGGUUAAAAAGAAGAAAAAAAAAACUUGUUUGUUUUACCGAGGACUUCGUUAUGAAGAGGUUUGUUAUAUCGAGGUUCCACUUUGCGUUGCGAAUCGCGUGAACUAUAAUGCUCUUGUUCGUUUGUUUUACUGUCAUACUUGAUACUUCGCCGAAUAUAAUAGUUGUGAGAACACUGACAUUCUUGGUUGACCCAUUCGCCCCUGACCGCCCGUGAGGAUCCAGGUCCUUUCUACCCUUUGUGACGUCAUCAGUUUUAACGGUCAAGGACAACUUUCUUCGCUAACUUGUGCAGAGUGAAGAGAUCUUUCAAACCAUACCAGAAUGAGCACAAUUCAGUCAAGGACACCGGAGAAAGAAGCGAAAAACCACCUGACAAGGACCUGAAAAUCUCCAUGAAAAUCUUGUUCCAUUACCCACCUACCUUUCCUUUCACCUAAUCCUAAGAUCCUAAAAGUUUUCCUAAAAACUCUUCCCACCAAAAUGAAGCCUACUAAAUGCCCAGCAAGAGAAAAAACAAUGAGGCAAGAAAAGCGAAAAAAGAAGGGAGGAGAGAAAGCGAAAAGUAAAAGAAAUUUUCCUUUCUGCGCAUGCCCGAACUUCGCAAGCUGAUAUUUUGCAUCUGGAUCAGAAGGCCGCGAAGUGAACGACCUGUAAACCGGUUUGUGGUGAGUUUUAGCUCUUUAUAGCACGACAGUGACCAGAAAACCACUCGACUAGCCUCAAAACGCGUUUUUCGGCAAAAUCUCCAGGAGCGAAUGGGUUAAACUAGCAAACUUUCUUUUGGCAACAGAACCUUUAAAUUUCUUUUGUACUAUAGAACCCAAGAAAUAUUCUCGGCCACGAAUAAAGUUCCUUGGUGCUUCUGACGACGAGGACUCAGAGAAAGAAGAACAGCUGGAACAAGACAAGCGGUCUGCUGUCAAGCCGGCUGAAAAGUCGAAGCGCAAACCGGUUUUCGCUGAUGAGGUGUUCAGCCGCCCAAAGGUGAGUGCUCAUCUUUAUAAAAGACAUUUCACAUGGCGAUACAAUUUCUUCCUUUGUUGCGUACACAGCUGGGACCGUGAGAAUCAGUCCAUAACCUUUUUUUUCUCCAAAUGCAUUUAGUCGUCCCCCUAAAAUUCUUCUCCCAAAUUAAAUUUAUUCUGUACAAUCUUGUUUUUAUGGAAUAAAUAGUUUCACGACUCGCGGUUUGACUUAACACACCGCCGAUGAAUUAUGUCUCUUUCUUCAGCAGGCUGGAGUAAGGUUUUUCCACUCAGACGACGACGAGGAGGAAGAAGACGAAGACAAUGAAGGGAAAAAACCAUUGAAAUCAGUUCCUCUUGUUGUGAAGGUGGAUAAACAAUGCUGGACUCACGAACCGGAAUUUGACCGGUAUGUGAUGUAUCACUACCCUUCCUGUUGUCGUUGUUGCUCUUGUUGUUGUUGGUGUUGUUUUUCGAACGAUGACAAAGAACGCCACGUCAAAAGAGGACGCGAGCACGCGUGGAAAGGAGCGGGCGCCACUUGGUUUAAUCAAUUAGCCGCUCUGUCAUUGGUUUAGUCGGUUUUCAGGUCUGCAUGCGCCGUUGUGACUGUUGUUGCGUUGUCUUUGCUAAGUUUGCCUGGGGCCCUUCCGGCUUCCCACUCCAGUGAGCACACGCAAUGAAACCUGUUCGCGUCUUGGAUGGACAAUUUCGUAUAAAACACUGCAUUUCUGUAUGUAAUUGGUGAUAUUAGCAAAAUAAAC